GCUAACCGACAAACUAGGAAAUGUCCCUCUGCUGGCCAGAAUGUUAGCAUUCUCAGAGAAUGGAGCUUUGGGUUUCCUUUGGAUUGCUUGUGCCUUCAUCUCUACACUGGUUGAGCAGGGAACAGAAGGAUUUUUGUGUAGCAACGGGGUCUCCCUGCCGCCUGACAAUGUGUGUGACUUCACAGACCAAUGUGGGGAUGGAAGUGAUGAACAGCAGUGUUGGACUUAUGAAAGAUGUGAUUUUGAGAAUGGACUCUGUAGUAUGACACAGGAUCAGAGUCUGCAGCUUGGCUGGAUGAGGAGAAAUGGGAUGGAUAUUCUAGCACCUCCAUUUCAUGACCACAGUGGUGACAAGUCUGCCCAUUUCCUGUCACUGGUCCCUCAGUUGAAAUCUACUUCCUCAAAUUUAAGAACCAGGAUAUUUCUUCCUACAAAUGACCAGCUUGCUUGUCAGAUUACCUUUUAUUACUUCUCCAGUCAAGUGAGUGGCAAAUUAACAGCAGGACUUCAAACUGCAUGUGACAGUCCUGUUCAGCAUUUAUGGCAACAGAACACAGCUGGCCUUCAUAAUCAGUGGGAGAGAAAGGUCAUUAAAAUUGAGAGCUCCCAGAAAUUUCAGGUUGUUUUUCAAGGUAAAGUAAAUCCAACCUAUAAACAGGAUGAAGUUCUAGCUAUUGAUGAUAUAUCUUUCAGUUCAGGCUGCUUGCCUGCAAAUGAUACAAAUUUGCCAUGUCAAGAAACAUCCCGAGCUGAGCAGGAGCUGUGCCACCAUGAUACAAGUCUCUGCAGAUUUGAAUCUUCCAAUGAAGGACUGAGGUUGUGUAAGGUCUGUGGUUUUGAAUUUGACAUGUGCAACUGGGCAUCAGAAGCACCUGAUGGGCACAUUUCCUGGACACGCACAAAAGCAAAAGAAGUCCCUGCAUUACAGUCUCCACCUCAGGAGGACCAGAGUGGUAAUGAUGAAGGCUACUACAUGUGGUUAGGGACUAAGCCUGAGUCUACUCUGAACCCCAUAGAGAGCAGGGCUUACCUCAGUAGCUCUGUGUGUCACUGCUUGGGUGAGAGCUGCCACCUGCAGUUCUAUUAUUCAAUGGAAAACAGUGUUCUGAGAGUAAGACUUUACAACGCAAAGGAAGAAGAAAUGUUUUGGACCUACAACACAUCAACUCACAGACAAUGGGUGAAAGCACAUAUACUAAUACCAAAAGGAAUGAAGACAUUUAAGAUUGUCUUUGAAGGGACCACUUUGAACCAGAAGGGCUUUCUUGGGCUGGAUCAGAUCUGGGUCUACACCUGCACACAGGCCCCAUCCACAGCAUUGUGCUCUGCCUGGGAAUUCACUUGUACAAGCGGCCAGUGCAUCCCCCGAGAGUCUGUCUGUGAUUCUUGGCAAGACUGUUCUGAUCAGAGUGAUGAAGACCCUUUCCGUUGCUCAAAUCGUCUCACCUGUGACUUUGAGUCUGGCUUCUGUGGCUGGGAGCCACAUCUCCUGGAGGAUUCACGCUGGGAGUUGGUGAAAGGACUGGCCAGUGAACAGCACCAGCUUCCUGAAGCUGAUCAUCCAAGAAACACAAACCAUGGGUCAUUUAUUUAUUUUGGAGCACAGCAGUCGCCUGGAGUGGCUAAGCUUGGAAGUCCUGUCCUUAUAAAAUCACUCACUACUUCUAUCCCAUGUCAGGUCCAGUUCUGGUAUUAUUUGUCCCAGCGUUCUUAUCUCUGGGUAUUUACAAGAACAUCACUGGAUGGAAAUUUGCAAAUGCAAGGUAAUCUGAUUGGAGAUUCUGACUCUCAGUGGAGACAAGCAAAAGUCAAUCUGUACGCAAAGGCUGGAGAAUCUACUUUGCCUUUUCAGGUAAUUUUAGAAGCUACUGUUUUGUCAUCAAAUGCUACUGCUUCUCUAGAUAACAUCAGUAUAUCUCAGGAAUGUAGAAUUUCACACAAGCCACUUCCAGGUACCAGUGUACUAGACACAUUUUCCAGAUGUGACUUUGAAGCCAAUAAUUGUGGUUGGUUUGAAGCCAUCAGUGGCGAUCAUUUCGACUGGGUCUGGAGCUCUCGAGGUGACCUUUCUGCUGAUGCUGAGCAACAGGCCCCACCUGGGGAUCAUACUCAUGGCACAACUCAAGGGAAUUUUAUGUUCAUUCUGAAGGAAAGCAAUAGCCUGUCACAAGUUGCUAAGCUCCAGAGCCCAACUUUCAGCCAAGCAGGACCUGGAUGUAUGCUUUCCUUCUGGUUUUAUAACUACGGCCUUUCUGUGGGAGCAGCUGAGCUGCAGCUUCACUUGGAAAAGUCCGGAGACUCCACUGUCCUCUGGAGAGUCUUAUAUAACCAAGGCAACCAGUGGUCCCAGGCUACCAUUCAGCUUGGGCGCCUCGCUCAACCCUUCCACUUGUCACUAAAUAAAGUCAGUUUGGGCAUUUACAAUGGGGUCUCUGCUAUUGAUGACAUCAGAUUUGAAAACUGUACUCUGCCCCACUCUGUGGAGAGCUGUGAAGGGCCAGAUAACUUCUGGUGUGAACACACCAAAGCCUGUAUAGAGAGGCUCCAUGUAUGUGACCUGGUAGAUGACUGCGGUGAUAAUACUGAUGAGAAUGACUGCACGCCUGCGCUUCAGUGUAACUUUGAAAAUGGAAUCUGUAACUGGGAACAAGCUACAGAUGAUGACUUUGAUUGGACCAGGAACCAGGGCCCAACCACAACCCCUAACACAGGCCCAAUGAAGGAUAAUACUUUGGGCACAGCAAAGGGGCACUAUCUCUACAUAGAAUCUUCAGAACCUCAGGUGUUCCAGAACACAGCUGCUUUACUCAGCCCGAUCUUGAAUGCCACGACCCCAGAAGGCUGCACCUUCCGCUUCUACUACCACAUGUUCGGGAAGCACAUAUACAGGCUGGCCGUCUACCAGCGAGUCUGGAGUAACACAAAGGGCCAGCUGCUCUGGCAGAUAUUUGGGAACCAAGGCAACAGAUGGAUGAGGCAGCACCUCCACAUUUCCAGCAGACAGCCCAUUCAGAUUGUGAUGGAGGCCUCAGUGGGAGAUGGCUUUACUGGAGACAUUGCAGUUGAUGAUCUGUCAUUUAUGGACUGUACCCUCUAUCCUGGUAAUUUGCCCGUGGACCUUCCAGCUCCACCAGAAACUUCAGUUCCAGUGACAUUACCUCCACACAACUGUACAGACAGUGAGUUUGUCUGCAGAUCCAGUGGUCACUGCGUUAAAAAAAUCCAAGUGUGUGAUUUCAGAUAUGACUGCUUUGACAAAUCAGAUGAAUCAUCCUGUGUUAUGGAAGUUUGUACUUUCGAAAAAAGAAAUCUCUGUAAAUGGUAUCAGCCAGUCCCUGAAAAUUUAAUCCAAGAUUCAAACACGUUCAGGUGGGGACUUGGUAAUGGAAUCAGUAUUCAUCACGGGGAGGAAGACCACAGGCCAUCAGUAGAUCAUACAAGAAAUACUAUAUACGCUUGGUACCUGUAUGCUGACAGCUCAAAUGGAAAAUUCGGUGAUGUGGCUGACAUCCUCACUCCUAUGAUUUCACGUACAGGACCACAGUGCACCUUGGUCUUCUGGACUCAUAUGAAUGGUGCCACCGUGGGCUCUCUGCAGGUACUUAGCAAGAAGGACAAUGCUACUGCUAAACUGUGGGCUCAAAAUGGACAGCAAGGUGCAGAGUGGAAAAAAGUAGAAGUGUUUCUGGGUGUUCAUUCACAUAUACAGAUUGUCUUUAGGGCAAAACGUGGUAUCAGCUACAUGGGAGAUGUAGCUCUGGAUGAUAUUUCCUUUCAGGACUGCUCCCCACUCCUUAACCUAGUCAGGAAGUGCACUGCUCAGGAAUUCAUGUGUGCCAACAAGCACUGCAUUGCAAAGGACAAGCUGUGUGAUUUUGUGAAUGAUUGUGCUGAUAAUUCAGAUGAGACUGCUGUCAUUUGCAGUACUUCCAGUGGACGCUGUGAUUUUGAAUUUGAUCUUUGUUCCUGGGAACAGGAUCAGGACGACGACUUUGACUGGAAUCUGAAAGCUGCUAGCACCCCAGCUCUAGGCACUGAGCCAGCUGCUGAUCACACCUUACGCAAUUCUUCUGGCCAUUACAUCUUCAUAAAAAGCUGGUUCCCCCAACAACCCAUGAGAGCAGCCAGGAUCUCAAGCCCUGUCAUAAGCAGAAGCAGCAAAAACUGCAAGAUAAUCUUUCACUAUCACAUGUAUGGGGAUGGCAUUGGGGCACUCACCUUAAUCCAGGAAUCAGUGUCAAACCAGACAAAGGUUCUACUUAAUCUCACUGGAGAACAAGGCAACUUCUGGCAGAAGAAAGAGCUCUCCCUGUCUGGAGAUGAGGACUUCCGACUCAAAUUUGAGGGUAUAGUUGGAAAUGGCCACCGUGGUGAUAUUGCACUUGAUGACAUUGUGCUUACAAAGAACUGUCUAUUAUCCCACCAUCCUGUGGAGGAAGAUACAGCACCACCUCUUCCAGCAGGUCACUGUCCACAUGGCUAUCUGGAAUGUCAUAAUGGGAAAUGUUAUAGUCCUGAACAAAGCUGCAAUUUUGUAGAUGACUGUGGAGAUUAUACUGAUGAAAAUGAAUGUGGCAGCUCCUGUACUUUUGAAAAAGGCUGGUGUGGCUGGCAGAACUCACUGGCGGAAAACUUUGAUUGGGUUUUGGGGGUUGGCUCUCAUCAGAGCCUCAGACCUCCCAGAGACCACACACUUGGAGAUGGAAAUGGACACUUCCUGUACCUGGAGGCCACUCCAGUGGGUCUUCAAGGUGAAGCAGCCCAUCUCAGGAGCACUGUGUGGCAGGAAUCCAGCACCACCUGCACCCUGAGCUUCUGGUAUUUCAUAUCCACAAAGGCCACAGGUUCCAUUCAGAUUCUCAUUAAGACAGAGAAAGGAGUAUCAAAAGUAUGGCAGGAAAGUGAGCAGAGCUCUGGUGCUUGUUGGCAAAAGGCUAUCAUCCUGCUUGGGAAGUUAAGGAAUUUUGAAGUCAUAUUUCAAGGCAUCAGAACAAGGGAUCUAGGAGGAGGAGCUGCAAUUGAUGACAUUGAAUUUCAAAACUGCAUGACUGAGGGAGAGACUCUUGAGACAUGCCCAGAAACUACUGAUUUUUUGUGCCAAGAUAAGACCUGUAUUGCAUCCCACCUUGUUUGUGACUAUAAACCAGACUGUCUGGAUGGAUCUGAUGAAGCUCAGUGUGGCCAGUAUACAAGCACAACAGGAAGCUGCAGUUUUGAAGCAGCUUCUGGAAACUGGACCACAGCCUGUGGCCUUAUUCAAGACGCUCAGGAAGACUCCAGCUGGGCCAUAGGCAGCAGCACUGAAGCACAGACUCCAGACUCUGAUCAUACACCAGGCAGCGGUCGGAAUUUCCUGUAUGUUAUGUCUUCUGGCCACAAAGAAGGAUAUCCUGCAAGAAUCAUCACCUCCCAGUACUUCCCAGCAAGCCUUGGGCUGUGUGCUGUACGGUUCUGGUUCUACAUGGUCGAUCCCAAGAGUAUGGGAGUAUUAAAGGUGUAUACCAUUGAGGAAUCUGGACUAAACAUCGUGAUGUGGUCAGUGAUCAGAAAUAAGAGGAUGGGGUGGCUGUAUGGACAUGCAACUCUCUCCAGUUACGGUCCAUUUAAGGUGGCAUUUGAAGCCGAUUUGGAUGGAAGUGAACACAUUCUUAUUGCCCUUGAUGAUAUCUCCUUUACACCAGAAUGUAUAUCCGGAGGUUUGGUCACACCACAGCCAUCUCUUUGUGACUCCCAUCUUUUCUCUUGUAUCUACAAACCCCAGUGCAUCCCCCUCUCAGGGAAAUGCGAUGGGCAGGAUGACUGCUUGGAUGGAACUGAUGAAAUGGAUUGUCCUCUUAGCCUCCCUCCUCCUCAGCUCUGUGGUGAAAUGGAGUUCCAGUGCUCUACCCACCAGUGUGUCCCAGCCCUCCUGCUUUGUGACGGGGUUCCUGACUGUCCCCUAAAUGAAGAUGAAUCCAGCUGCUCCUCAGCCAGUGAGAGCUGUCCUGAUGGAGGCUUGGUGUGCGCCUCCUCCAACAGCUGUAUCCCCGCCCACCAGCGCUGUGACGGCUUUGUCCACUGCAUGGAGUUCCAGCUUGAUGAGUCCAGCUGUUCAGAGUGUCCAAGAGAUUACUGCAAAAAUCAUGGGACAUGUGUCGUGGAGAAAACCGGUCCUGUGUGUCGAUGUGUGCAAGGAUGGAGAGGAAACCGGUGUCACAUGCAGCUUGGCCCUCCUAUGGGAGGCUCCUCCUACACUCAGAAUAAUAUAUGGACUCUCCUGGGUAUUGGAUUAGCUUUCCUCAUGACUCACAUCAUAGUUGCAGUCUUGUGUUUUCUUGCCAACAGGAAGGUGCCAAGGAAAAUCAAAAGAAGUGUUAACUGUGCAUUUGUCAAUCCAGUUUAUGGGAAUUGGAACAACCCAGAGAAAACAGAGAGUUCAGUCUACUCUUUCUCAAACCCAUUAUAUGGCAGAAUGCCAGGAAGCUUGGAGACCAUACGUGAUCACCUCAAAUAGCGUCAUCAAGACCACCUACAAUCUGCUAUGUAUAGUUGAUGGAAAUUUCCAGUCUCUGAAAUUUGAUAGAAAUUCACCUUAUGCAAUGGUAAAAAUAGAAGGGGUUCAGAGUGCUAGUGUAAUUAUUACAGUCAUGAAUAAAUUUUCUUACUGAAUAUGUUGAAAGUUUUCUUGGAAUAUGAAUCAGAACUGUAUCUUCAUUAUACAUCUGAAUAUUUUAAUAAAACGUGCUACUUAA